AUGCGUCUGACUGUCAGCAUGAGUCUCUGCGUGCUGGGUCCUCCUCCUCCUUCAAGGUUGGGUCUAGUCAAAGUUCCCUCUAAGCCAUUAAGCCUCAGCCCCCUCUCUACCACCCUCAGCCCCACUCACUCCCUCUCCACUGCCCUCAACCGCACUCAGACCUUCUCCACCCACCUCAACCUCUCUUACUCCCUCCCCCACUUGCACACCCUGCCCACUCACCAUCAACUUUCUUCUUGUUCCAAACUCCUCUCCUCCUUCUACCCCUCCCCCUCCCAUCCCUUCACCACCUCCUCCUCCUCCUACCCCUCCUCCUCCUCCCCUCCUCCGCCUCUCUCCCCCACCCCCUCCUCCUCCUAUCCGUCUCCUCUUUCCUCCUUCCCCUCGUUCCCCUCUUGCUCCUCUUGCCCCUCUACCCCUCCCCUCCUCUUCACUAGACAAGAUCCAUUCCUCCCCAUCAUUCGCAUUCACUAG